GCCGGGCUGCUCGCGUCGCCAUGGAGACGGGCGGGCGCGGCGCGGCUGUCAGCGGCGGGCGCGCGGCCGCGGGGGGCUGCGGGAGGAAGGCGCGGGCCGCGGCCGGGACCCUCGCGGUAGAGAUGGACUUGCAUUGUGAUCGCGCCGCCGAGCCGCCGGCCUCCGAGCCGCCGUCGGGGAAGAUCAACAAGGCCGCCUUCAAACUGUUCAAGAAGAGGAAGCCGGGCGGCGCGAUGCCCAGCAUCUUCGGGGUCAAACACAAAGGGGACGGCAAGGGCGCGGGGCCGGCGGGGCUGGUGCGCAGCCGGACGCACGACGGGCUGGCCGAGGCUCUGGCGCUGGAGGGCGGCCGCCGCGAGGAGCCGCGCGCGGGCGGCGGGGACGGGGCGCGGCCGGGCCCCGCGGCCCCCCGAGCGGCCCCGGGAGGCGCGGGCCCGGCAGCUGGCGGCUCGGUGGCCAAGUCGCACAGCUUCUUCUCGCUCCUGCGGAAGAACGGGCGGCCCGAGAGCGGCGGGGCGGAGCAGGCCGACGCGGGCAAGGCCGGUGGCAGACAAAAGCGGGGGCUGCGGGGGCUCCUGGGCGGCGUGCGCUGGCGCAGGAAGGACCGGCGGCCCCAGGACGCGGCGCCGGCGGGGCGCGCGGGGGCCCCGGGCGGCCUGGCGCGGCCGGGCUCGCUCACCGCCAGCCUGGAGUGCGUCAAGGAGGAGGCGCCCGCGGCCGCGCGCCAGCCGGAGCCAGCAGGCUGCGGAGAUAUUAUCGCAGACCCCGAGGACGAUGCCGGGCCCGGCUGUGCCAAGCACGCCCCCGGGCCGGGCCAGCCGGGCCCCGCCACAAAGCCGCCGGGCGUGGUGGCCUACCAGGGAGGCGGGGAGGAGAUGGCGAGCCCGGCCGAGGCGGACGACUCCUACCUGCAGGAGUUCUGGGACAUGCUGUCCCAGACCGAGGACCGGGGAGAGGGGCCCCAGGGAGGAGCGGCCCCGGCGGCGGCGGCGGCGUCCGACGCGCAGGUGGCUCCCGAGACCCCCAAAGAAGCCAGGUGUGCGGAGGUGACCAAGGACGCGUCCUCGGUCAAGCGCCGGAGGCUCCACCGGGUCCCGACGGAGCUCCCCCCGAAGGAAGAACCCAAGCACCCAGACAAGGAGCCGCAGGAAGGCGUCCCCAACAGCGACGAGGGCUACUGGGACUCCCCAACCCCCAGGCCGGAGGAGGACGGCGGCGCGAGGAAGACGGGCCUCCCCCGGGACAGCGACAGUGGCGACGCGCUCCACGAGCUCUGCGCCGCCGAGCCGGAUGGAAGCCCUGCGGCCCUGCCCGCCGCCCCCGCCGCCAGCGAGGAGACGUCCUGCUCUUCCCGGUUAAAGCCUGUGUCUCCGGUCACCAUCACCUGCCCGCUGCGAACGCCGGGGAGCCUGCUGAAGGACUCCAAGAUCCCCGUCAGCAUCAAGCAUCUGGCGAACCUGCCAUCCAGCCACCCCGUGGUGCACCAGCCACCAGCCAGGAGCGAGCUGCCCAGAACCAAAAUCCCGGUGUCCAAGGUGCUGGUCCGCCGGGUCAGCAGCCGGGGCUUGGCUGGGACCACCCUCCGGGCCGCGGCGUGCCACGAUAGUGCCAAAAAGUUGUGAGGUCUCCGAGGCCGAGGUGGAGGGGCCGCAUGUCGAGGAAUACAGCUUUGUCUGGAAACUGCUCGGACAAAUGUUGCGUCCCCAGAGAAAGGCCUUGCCGACAGUCCCCACUCGGAGCCUGGACCCAGGAGCUCUGCCCCCAGGCAGGGGAAUGCUGCACAACGGGAUUCCCCCUCCAGAUAAUUCCCUGAGGAUUCUUUUCAAGCACUUUUUUUUUCCUUUUUUUAACCUUUUUAAAAAUGCGCCCCCCCCCCCUUCUUUUUUUCUUCAUUGCACCGAACUUUCGGAAGUCACCUUUACUUGCCUUUGCAGAAAAUAAGACUUAACCCAACCUAAGGAAGCAUCAUGCCAUGAUAUUUGGCUGUGUCACCGUCCAGCGGGCCUCCAGGAACCAUCUGAAGAACCAGAGAGGAGCCCUCCUCUUCCUGACACUUUACUUCCUUAUUUUCCUUUUCCUUUCCAGGGGAAAAAAGAAAAACAAAAACAAAAACACCCUUUGCUGUAUCACUGUGUGGGAAACACCUGCAAAGCUGAAAGAGCCAGGUACUUACCUGAUGAGCAGAGGCAGGACUGAUGGGCAGAAAACCUGCUGUACUUUCAGUUGCUAGGUAUGCAAAUAGAUAUAUAUCUACCACUAAGAUGAUCACAGAGUUUGGGUUUGGUGGGUUUAUUUAGAUCAUUUGUUUGGGGAGAAAUAAAAACCUCAGCAGAGCAGGGCUUUUUUUUCUCUCUCUUUUUUUAUUUCCCCACCCAGUGCAGAGAUGAGGACCAGGGCAAGAUUUCACUAAAUGCCAACAGACACAGUGUUUUAGCAUUUAUGAACUGUAACCUUUUCAUGUGUAGAUAACGCAUCUUUUACAGAUUAUCCAGCUGUUAACCUUUUAUAAUAUGUCAGUAACCUCCAGUUUAAAAUCUGGUUUUAUAGCUAGACACCGUAACUGCUCCCAAACCAUUGAUGUUCUUUUAUGUACUGUAAACAGAAGCAGUUCUCUUUUUGUUUUAUAAGGGUUCUCUGGCUUUCAGUGUAGGGGAAAAAAAAUUUAUUGUGUUGAUGUCCCAAAGGAAUGGUUCUGCCUUGUCUUGGGUAAAAGUCUGUUUCUCACCCUGAACCCUGGUUUUCAGAGAUUUUUACCUUGGUUAUAAAAAUUUAGUAUUCAACCAUGUCUCAGUAUGAGGAGUCCAAAACGAGGAACACGUAAAGAAAAACAAUAGAAAAUGUAGUUUUUUCAUUGACUUCUUCUUUAUGACUUAGAACUGAGCCACAUAUGUUAAGAAUAUGACACUGGGAAACUUAUGUAUCGUUAACAUUGUGUGCCAAGAUUAUUUUUGAAAAGUGAUUUACUUAUAUGUGUGUUUUCUGUUAUUUUAGAUGAAGCAUUUAUUUCAGAAAGGGUUACCAUAUGCCUCGAUAGUUUGAAUGAUAAACUGAAGCCUUUCCUAGAAUACUAUUAGGGUCUAAUGGUUAUAAAAUAUCUUCUUUGAAACAUUUCAGUGUAUUUAAUCAAAAGAUCACAGCUUCUACUAGGAGAUGGUUCAUGGUAUUGGGGAGAUUCGUAUUCAAGUGAAACCACACACACAUAAAAGACAUGCACGCUUCUCUUCAACUCUCAUUUUCCAGGGAGAUUCCCUAAGUAAUGAACUGGUAGUACAUGCUUGUUAAGUUUGUUUUCUGUUUUAUAAAAGAAAGAAUAAGGCAAGUAUAUGAAGAUCUAUUUUAAUAAUAUGAAAGAAGUCACAAAAUAAACAGACAUCAAAGGAAUACAAAUCCUAGCCAAUAGCACAAAGCAGGUUGUUCCCCAUUUUAAACCUGCAAUGACUCCAUUAGAAGAAGUGGUAGAGAUUGACUGAAUUUAUUUAUUAUUCAGAUUACUGGCUUUUAUUGCGUCGUGUCAGAUCCUUAAUGUUAUUUCAAAGUAGUGUUUUAAUAUUUAAUUUCCUAUGUCUGUCGAUGAGGUCUUAUAGGCUGACAUAGCCUUGAGCAGUCUGAAUAUACCACCAGGAAUUCAUAAAGCAGCUCACACGCGCUCAGGCACUCAGCUGUGCACAACCAACAGACAAAGGCGUUCACCGUGAACUUGGAGAUGUCUUAGAGAUUAGUUUUGUCUUGGGAAAGGGAUUUGAAUUCGAUUCAACGCUGAUAAUACUACUUAGACUCAAAAUAUGUCCAUUUCCCCCUAGUGAAGGGGAGGAACAUAAGUUUUAUUUCUAACUGUAAAACAAAGGAUCUUUCUUUUCUUCCUGUGCAUCUUCUUGCAGGGGUUAUAGUCUCCCCAGCCUGAAUCCAUGACAGAGUUCUGUUUGUUCAAUAGCACAGGGAAGGUAUGAAGCCCUGAAGGACUGAUGAGAAUAUUGUAAUAGGAAGACAACCUAUUUAUCUAUUUUGUAAGCACUGGAACAAAUUAGUUUUGCUUUCACGGUUUUGGGACUUGUUUCUACAUUUGUACCUCUAUGUUGUAUCUUUAUUAGCAAAGAAAAAUGUCAGCAAAGUUUACCUUAAUUUCCCCUUGCCUGUCAGUGAACCAUUUAUACAAGAUUUAAACUAUUUUUUCCUGUUCUUUUUCCCAUAUAUUUUACUUUUUUUUUUUUUAAACUCUCUAUCUUUAAGAAUUCCAUCCACACUAGUCAAAUGAAGGAUUCAGGCAAUGAAUAAAAUGGCCUCAGUCACUGAUGAGAAAUCAAGACCAGUGUAGGGAGCUGUGUCUUAACCUUUCCAACCACAGACAAGGGUUUGUCAUUGCCUUUUUGUGCCAAGGGCUACUUUCUCUUAUUCAUGUUCAUAGAGAUUGUAUUCUAGAAUUUUAGUAGAUUUACAUUCCAGUAAUUAUUAAUGCUCUUACCUAAUUUGGCCAUAUUUGCUGUUUUUUUAAAGGAAAGGAUUGGAUAUGGGCUGCUGACACCUUUCCUGUGAAUCUAUAAUGCUAAGAUAGUUGGUUGAGACCCUUUAGUCAAAGAGUUGGCCAACUUCUGUAGGAAAAAGUCAAAUCGUUUUGUUGUUCAUUUGCUAAAUCAUGUCUGACUUUCUGCCACCCCAUGGAUUGCAUCGUGCCAGGCUCCCCUGCCCUUCACUGUCUCUCAGAGUUUGCUCAAACUCAUGUCCACUGAGUUGGUGAUGUCAGCCAACCAUCUCAUCCUCUAGGUCCAAAUCAAUUGUUGGCCCUCCAUUUAUCAGUCAUUUUAACAACUUGGCAGAAAGACAGCCUGACUUCAGCAUCUGUGUUACCUAGGCAGUGUGGCUCGAACCCCUGUGCUUCUUACUAAGGUUUUCUUGCUUCCAUUAGCCCUAGAGCAUUUUGAAUCAUCUCAAGAGGAAGUAGAUUUGCAUUAUGUCAUCUAAUAACAACAAUGGAAUGUAGAACAUUAAAGACUUCCUUUAACUCCAUUUCCCACAAAUUAUCUGCCUAUUUAAAUACAAAUUGUGUGAUGUCUAUGAAAGUGAUGACUCAGGAGUUUAAGGGUUUAUUCGUUAAUCUCAGAAAUAGUUUUCUGCCAGUAUACUGGCACUUCCAUGAAUAUUCACAUAACCCUUUACCUUCACAGUUGUCAGAGUAGAAAGAUGGUAUUAGUGGUGGUGGUGUCUUUGGCUGAACUUGCUGAGUUUCUGUUAUUUACAUUCUUUGUCAGAUUAAUUUUCAGCGACCUUUUACAGUUAACUUUGGCUGAAGAGACUGGUUUGCGAGCUUUCUGAUCUCUCCUUUGGUUUCUAUCCUGUUUCCGUGGUGCCCUCAGGGAGCAGAGACUGGGAUGCUGCUCAGCAUCUUCGCCUGUUUUGACACUUGCACAGUGGAGCUCGGUCCUCGCUCACAGACAUUCUAGAUUUCUCUCUUGCAUUAAGACUAUGUGGAUGUGGCCCCCUGUGCUUGGCUUCUACAUUCAUGUGUAUAUUCAGCUCCCCUUAUCACUGAUAAAAAAUUAAUCCAAGAAUCUUACACCAUUAAACAUAAGGAAAAAGCAUCACAGUUACCUCUUUUUUCCUACCACUGCUGCUGUUGUUCAGUCGCUCAGCCAUGUCUGACUCUUUGUGACCCCAUGGACUGCAGCACACCAGGCUUACCUAUCCUUUGUUAUCUCCCAGAGCUUGCUCAAACUCAUGUUGACUGAGUCAGUGAUGCCAUCCAACCAUCUCAUCCUCUGUCACCCCCUUCUCCUCUCACCCUCAGUCUUUGCCAGCAUCAGAGGCAUUUCUAAUGAGUCAGCUCUUCACAUCAGGUGGCCAAAAUAUUGGAGCUUCAGCUUCAGCAUCCAAUGAAUAUUCAAGGUUGAUUUCCUUUAGAAUUGACUGGUUUGAUCUCCUUGCUGUCGAAGGGACUCUCAAGAGUCCUCCAGCACCACAGUUGGAAAGCAUCAAUUCUUUGGUCAGCCUUCUUUAUGGUUCAGCUCUCACAUCCAUAUGUGAUUGGGGAUGGCCUGUUAGAAGUACCUGGGUGAAAUAAGAGGAGAAACUGAAAUACCCCAGCCCUAUUCCCACUUCCCUUCCGCUAGCCAGGCAGACCAAGGGAUGAACAGCACCGUUCUUGUUUAGGAGUCUUCAAUUUUGUAAGCACAAAUAUUUUAAAGGAGUUUAGGAGCCAAAGACUAACAGGGCAGCCUGGUUUCUCAGGUGGGAAAACCACAGGCCAACAUUUAUUAAUACUUGUUGAAGGGAGGGAGCUGUAACAGGUGAUUUGGGCAUGUGGUCCCUCCUCAGGGCAAACCCUGUCCUGCUCUGAAGGUUGUCUGAAGGCCACCCUGCAUGGCCUCUUACAGCCUUUUCACUGUGAUGACCACUGAGAGGAGGAAAUCUGUUGCAACAAUAGCCACUUCCGAGGACAGUUAUCUCCGCAGACAAUGUUUCUAAGGGCUGAUUCAGAAUGGUCAUUUCAUGAUUAUGGAAAGCAAUUCCUUCUCAAACUGAAAAACAAAAGGUUAAAAUAGCCACUAAGCCUCCAGAACCGAAAGUGGCCACAUCUGAUUUUGAUAUUUACUUUAACUCAAUGCAACACAUAUUCAAGGGGCUUAUACUGGAUCUCGUGCUUAAUAAAAACCCAUUCAGUUCAGAGUUCACACAUAGCUGUACUGGAAUCAGACAUUCUUAAUAUUCCUUAGAAACACCUUUAUUUCAUUUUAUACUUUUAUUUAUUUAUUUUGCUGAUAGUCUGUGGGUUGGAGCAGAAUGCAGUGAGACUGAACAAGGGUGGUAUGGAUUAAGUCAAACAUAUUCCUCUAAAAGGGCUUCCCAGGUGGCGCUAGUAGUAAAGAACCCACCUGCCAAUGCAGGAGACAUAAGAGACGCAGGUUCAAUCCCUGGGUUGGGAAGAUUUCCUGGAAGAGGGCCUGGCAACCCACUCCAGUGUUCUUGCCUGGAGAAUCCCAUGGACAGAGGAGCCUGGCGGGCUACAGUCCAGAGGGUCUUAAAGAGUCAGACACGAAUGAAGCAACUUAGCACGCACACACAUAUUCCUCUAAAAGUAAGAAUAGUAAUUAUACAAACAAUUAACAUUUGUCAAGUACGUCAUGCCAGCCCCUUCCAGGAGCUUUACAAAUAUUUACUCAGUCCUCUCACAGCCAUGUGGGUUAAGUGAUAUUACCUCCCUCACAGAGCAUACCUAAUUCAUUCUUUUGGUUUACUUCUAUCCUAUUCAUUCCAUCCAUCCCUCUCUUUUUCUCUCUUCACCCAGGACAAGGAUAGACAGUCUUUAAUGAUUUACAGUAAUACAAGCGCUAACUGCUAAAUCUCAUCAACAGCUGACUUUUAAUAGAGAAAGAGCUCACACAUGUCAUGCAGCUGAGAAUUGGUUUUGUGUCGGAGACGGUGGUAUUCAGCAUUGUUCCGGGGGGAGGCUGCCGCUGGGUACCAUUUAGAGGCGGACAAUCCUCCUUGCUUGGGAGGGAUCUGCACCUUCUUGGGAUUAACUUCAAAAGUGUAGACAGACAUCUCUUCUGUUGUCAUGGUGAUACUUCUGCCCUGAUAGGAUUUCAGUCAUGCUGAGCACGUUUCACUUGUUUUUCUACCUUAAGCCCAGUCUAGGCUGGUUCUGGGUGUCUUGUGUUGUUUGUUGAACUAGUAGCUGGUGGAGUGACAUCCACCUCAACAUGAUUCUGAACUGCAGAGACAAACUCCUGGCUCUUGCGAAAGUAGUACAUCCCAUGUUCUGUCUCUGGUCAUUGAAUACUGGCCUGGAUUUUCUGAUUUGUUCAUUCAUUCAACUAAUAUUUCAUGCACACCUCUAAGUCUAAACCUAUGCUGUGGAUUUAUUGUGAGCUGAGAUGGUGCUCUGUUUUUGUUGACAUUCUGUCCAGAAGAAUCAGGCAAGGUGGGGCUUGGUUCUGUUCUAUCGAGGAGGAAAAUGAUGCAAAGGUAAAAUAUCUUUUCCUUUUGGAAAAUGGCAGCAAUUUAGCAAGCCACUGACAGAAUGUGGACCAGAAAUCUAACUCUAUUGCUUGUGCUUUAAUUAUAAGUCCGAUUAAAUUUAUGUGUGAUUUAGUUAAGAAACUGAUCAAAGUUCUGAACUGCAAGAGUCAAACCAGAGUUUUAUGAUGGUGGAUACCAUUAAAAGGAUGACUGUUUCAGUUAAAAGUGAACUUGAUUUUUUUUUUUUUAAUUAUUUGAUGGCCUUUGUACAUGCAAGUCUGAAAGGCAGAUCUCGGAGCUAGCAGGGUUGUUUUUUGUUUUCCUCACCUGGCCAGUCAAAAAUUUAAGCCAUAUGCACCAAUUACUGCAUGCUAGCAGGUCUGCGUACAGAUUUUAUAAUCUGAUGACAGAUUAUAUAAUAAAAACCAACAAAAGCAAUUUCAAUAGUGAAUUUGGCAGGUUACAGCCUGUUUACUUCCACUCUGAUUCUAUGAAGUUGCAAGUGUCAUUGUUUAGGGAAAAUCAUUUUGAAAUGCAUCACUGUCACAAUUAAAGAGGUUAUUUUAUUCAUAUAUGGGCUGCCCACACUUGGUGAAAUGCUUUUUUAAUGAGAAGCAGUGAAAGAAUUUAAUCACAGGUGAUCAUUGUGUUGAAUAGUAAACUGGAGUAAUUUUUGGAAGUUAUUCAAUAAUUAGGUAGAGUAACUUUCUGCUCUAUGUGAGAUCAUUUUUAAUAAAAUAUAACCUAGGUCACUGGUUGUUAAAGGCAUAAUAAACUUUUUCAGAUCCCUACCUAAUACACUAAAAAGGAAAAUACUAAAAAUAACUGAUCAAAUGACACAGGGGCAUUAAAUUGACACACAAGAAAUACUCGUUAUCACGUCAUAAAAUGAAAUGGACUCAGGGUGCCUGGAGAAAUUAGUAAACCUUCUCAAAUAUGCCCCACUAUAGAGUUAUUUCUAAAUAGAAGAGGAAAAACUCUAACAAAAUAAUGUCUAACAUUGUGUGCAUUUAACUGAAUAUGAAGGAUCAGAUGGUAGUAUUUUUUCCCAAGAAUAUCAGGGGAAAUGGUUUAGAUGUUAUAGACAAGAUAAACUCCUGUCAUCUUUUAAUGGACUCCAGCUACAUACCACGCUCAUUGCUAACUUCAGUUUUGCCCAAGUUAUUUAUAGAAAAUAUCUUGGUUUAAUAUAGGGAAUUGCAGGUUGUUGAAAAUAAAGACAAAGAAAAUCCAAAUAAGAAACUCCAUAUUUCUAAAAUUAGUUUUCCUGAAAGUCAAGCAUAUCUCUGAGGACAAGCUUUUGGCUGUAUUAUUUUUGUGCACAGGAGGAAAGUUGUUAGUAGGUUUAUAGAUAUUAUUUUUAUAAUAGAAUGUUAAACUCCCCCAAUAUCAGAAAUUGUCUCCUAAAAUUACUCUAUGUUUUUAAGACUUGUUUUUAAAAAGGAUUCUAAAUAACAAUAGGGUCUUUUCUUUUUCUCCUCUCCAAUGGUUUAAUGGGAUAGAUGAACCAAUGUUUAUAUUUUUAAACCUGUAAAUAUUUUAUUUUGGGUAUUUUGUAUAUUUGUUGAUAUAAUUCCAUUUCGUGCAUAUGUAUCACUGUGCAUGUUGCUGGUUUUGAUAGUCACUCCUUUAAUGAAUGUAAGAAGCUUGGACUAAUAGCACUUUUCUUCAUUCAAACAUCUUAAAAUGAAAGUACAGCACUGCCAUUUUAAAUGUUGUGUUUAAUUCAGUCAAUAAAUUUUGUUGCUUCUUUACAUUAAA